AUGUCGGCCUCGAGUGAGCCGGAGUUCCCCAAGACGACAGCUCAAUGCACAUUCAGUGCGUUCACCAAUCUCCAGCAGCGCCCUUCGCUGCUCACAGACAUCCGCCUUAUCCACCUCAAGCCGAUGCUAGAGCGAGUGGAGUUUCUGGGCGGAAUGGAGGGGUCUAUCACGCGCAUGCUGGUGUCUCAAUUCACGCAGAUUUUGAUCUCGCGCGGGGAAUUCGUUUGUCGAUUCGGCGAGAGAGGCAGCGACAUGUUCUUCAUCUUUGCGGGUGUUGUCGACGUCCUCCUUCCUUCAGAGAAUAAUAACGAUGCUGCCACUCCGAUCGCCAAUGCGAAUUGGAGCGGCCGCAUUUGCGUCCAUCGUCGUGGCUCGCACCCGUCAGUUCAAGUUGGUCCGUCAGCGAAUGACAUCACGAGAGGCGAAUUGCCAAAGAAAUCUGAAGGGGGGUACCACAAAGUGAACGAGCACAAAGACGGCGACUUCUUUGGCGACCACGGGCUGUUCACUAACGGAACACGCAACGCGCACGUCCAGGCUCAGACCUCUUGCAUCUUGUACAAUUUGUCGCGCGAGUCGAUGGAGCUAGUGUUCGCCAGGUACCCCGAGUGGAAGUGGAAGGUGCUGCCGACGAGUUUGGUUCUUUCCCGGGCCGACAUGAUGAACGAGCGCGCUGAGCGGGUGAAGGAGAAAAUGGCUCAAGUUCGCUGGACAAGAGCUCACAGUUUGCAGUCGAGUCUCGACCACCUCGCGGUUGUUAAUAAGUUCAAGAAGAUAAUUAUCAGGCCGCUCUCUAAGGAGCUGUCCAGUGUGACUCGCGGCGUGCCGGUGCAGAGUCCGCUCCACAUUUUCUGGCUCCGGUUAAUGGUAUUCUGUACGGUGUACAUUGCCAUUAUCACCCCUUAUCAGCUCGCCAUAGACCCCAUGGACAGACUGACAGUCACCACCACAAUCGUAAACGUUCUCACUCUCAUCUCUGAAGCCGCGUUCGUGGUGGAUGUGUGGUUCAGUUGGCACGUGAAAGAAUCCAAGACGACGAUGGAGCUCUACGAGCAGAAUGUGUACAAGAAGGAGCGUAUGCUGUUCGACGUAAUCGCUGCGAGUCCCUUCUACGGCUUCCUCACAGUCUUCAACUGUAGCUCAAGGUUAAAGUUGCUGCGUUGCUUCAAGAUGCUCAAUCUCAUGGGGUAUCUAGACGAACUAAGCCGCAGCAGAGUCGCCAACGAGCUUACCAAGUUCAGCCAGGUCUCCCUUGUGUAUCUGCUUGUGGUGUACUGGGCAGCGUGCGCGUACCUGACCGUAGCUAUGGAAAUCGGCUUUGGAUCGGAAUGGGAGUCGUGGCUCCCGUCUAAGGCGCUGGAGAUCUCCGACCCACAGAAUCCGUCGAGUGCGCAACUGAUGUUGCGCUUGCUGCGUGGACUCUUCUUCGCGACGACGGCGUUCGUCAAGAAAGCGCGCAACAUUGCGCCGGACUCGGCGUCAGCGUACGCGUUCCAGAUCGCCAUGUCCUUCAUCGGCCUGCUCACGAUGUCGUUCGUUAUUGGAGAGCUCGCGAGUCUAUUCAUCUCGCGCAGUAGUCUGGAGGUGGGCUUCCGCAAGAACCACAUCACAGUUAAAAUGUAUCUGGAGCGUGUGCGAGUCAGCGACAAACUCAAAGCGCGAACCUGCGCCUUCAUGGCAACGCUCUGGGCCUCGCACGCUGGACUGAACUACGACGAGCUGUUCGCCGACAUGCCGCGUGAGAUCCGGUCGGCGUGUGUGCUGCACGCAGUCAAAAUUCCGCUUAACUGGUUCGUCAUGAAAGUCAUCGGCCCAAUUUGCGGAGAUGCGGACGCGAACGUGGAGGCUUUUGCGCUCUCUUUAGCUGAACAUCUUCACUUUGAGGCCUAUUCACGAAACGAAGACGUCAUCACCGAGGGCAGAAUCAUUCGGGCCAUGUAUUUUGUCACGAAAGGGUUCUUGAACAUGCAAAGCAGCUCGCUGCUGGAUCGGCCGGUGGGUCUUCGUGACGGCAGCUACUUCGGGGAGCGUGGUCUGCUCGACUGCACUAUCAGUGCGUAUACCGUCACUACUGCGCGGGCCUGCGACCUGUUUCUCUGA